UCUCUGAACAGAUCUGGCAACGCCGCCGGCAGCCGUUUGUCUGCGUGUGUCGCAGGGUUUUUAGGCUUUAAUGUUGCAGAUUUUUCUGUGUUUUUUAAAUUUUGGUCGUUAAAAGCUGACAUGUCGGACACGUGGAGUAACAUCCAGGCUCACAAGAAGCAGCUGGAUUCUCUGCGGGAGAGAUUACAGAGACGACGCAAAGAUCCCGCACAGCUCGGCGAUGCUGGAGGAGGUUCGGACGGUUCGGCCAGCAGAAGCGACAGUCCGGCUCCUUCAGUCCAGUUUCCCCCUCAGGAGGAGACGGAGAAACCACCGGACCCUGAACUGGAAAAGAGACUUCUGGGAUAUCUGUCGGAUCUGAGCCUGUCGCUGCCCACGGACUCGCUCACCAUCACCAAUGAGCUCAACAGUUCUGAAGCAGCUGUCACUCACGGGUGCAUCCAGAGUCUCCUGCUCAAGUUCUCUGCGCAGGAACUCAUCGAGGUCCGCCAGCCCGUCUCGGUGUCGUCUUCUACAGCUUCCACCUCCACUGUGGUGGUUGCGGUGGACCACACCAAGCUGUGGGCCAUGAUCGGGACAGCGGCCCAGAGAACUGGACUCAAGAGGAAAGCAGAGGAUCUGGCACAGCACAAAGUUGCGACGGGUUUCUCGCCAUCGCUUCAGAGCGCCGCGUCUCCUCAGCCCACUUCCUCCAUCUCCAUGGCACCUGCCUCCUCCUCUCAGCUGGCGGGGACGUCGGCAUCAGGGAGCGGAGCUGAUAAGAAGGGGCGGAACAAUAAGAACCAGUCGUCUCACGUGGACAUGGAGAUCGAGAGCCUUUUGAACCAACAGUCCACAAAAGAGCAGCAGAGCAAGAAGGUGAGCAGAGAGAUUCUGGAGCUGCUGAACGCCAGCACUGCCAAGGAGCAGUCCAUCGUGGAAAAGUUCCGCUCCCGUGGCCGUGCUCAGGUUCAAGAGUUCUGCGACCACGGGACCAAAGAGGAGUGUGUGCGAUCUGGGGACACGCCGCAACCCUGCACCAAGUUACACUUCCGGCGCAUCAUCAACAAGCACACGGACGAGAGCCUGGGCGACUGCUCCUUCCUCAACACCUGCUUCCACAUGGACACCUGCAAGUACGUUCACUAUGAGAUCGACAGUCCUCUGGAGACUGAGGGCAGCCUGCUGGGGCCGCAGGCCGGGACCGCCGAGCUCGGCCUGCACGACGGCGACACGGACAGCAAUGUGGGCAAACUCUUCCCCGCACAGUGGAUCUGCUGUGACAUCCGCUACCUAGACGUGUCCAUCCUGGGGAAGUUUGCUGUGGUGAUGGCCGACCCUCCGUGGGACAUCCACAUGGAGCUGCCGUACGGCACGCUGACUGACGACGAGCUCAGGAAGCUCAACAUUCCCAUCCUCCAGGACGACGGCUUUCUCUUCCUCUGGGUCACUGGCAGAGCGAUGGAGUUGGGAAGAGAGUGUCUCAGUCUUUGGGGCUACGAACAUGUUGAUGAGAUCAUCUGGGUGAAAACCAACCAGCUUCAGAGGAUCAUCCGCACGGGGAGGACGGGUCACUGGCUCAACCACGGGAAGGAGCACUGCCUGGUGGGUGUGAAGGGGAACCCGCAGGGGUUCAACAGAGGUUUGGACUGCGAUGUCAUCGUGGCUGAGGUCCGCUCCACCAGUCACAAACCGGACGAGAUCUACGGCAUGAUAGAGAGACUCUCGCCUGGCACCAGGAAGCUGGAGCUGUUUGGUCGUCCCCACAACGUCCAACCCAACUGGAUCACUCUGGGGAAUCAGCUGGAUGGGAUCCACCUGCUGGAUCCAGAGGUUGUGGCUCAGUUCAAGAAGCGUUAUCCAGAUGGCGUCAUCUGCAAACCCAAGAACAUGCAGUGACAAUGGCGUGAUGGAUCUGAGAGGGCUUGAGGCAAUGAUGGUUUGUGGGUCCAGGAGGGUUUGAGGUGACAGCGUCGUGGUGGGUCUGGGAGGGUUUGAGGCGAUGAUGGUGUCAUGGGUCCAGGAGGGUUUGAGGUGACAGCGU